AUGGAUUAUUUUCGUAGGAACGUUUUACCAUCUCGCCUCGUUACCCGUCAAGUCAAGUUCCUUCAACCACAAAAACUUGCGUUAAGAAAUUCAAAUCCUGUUCUAUUUCAAUCGUCGAAAUCUUACACAAAUUCUACAUUUAAUUUCCUUCUUAACACCCCUUUCGAUGAGUCUACUUCAUCUUCCAACCUAAAUAGAUACCUGGGUAAAAUCGGAAAAGGUUUUGUAAUACGGCUUCCGACUGCUAUAUAUGCGAAAUUAGUCGUGGCUGGCAUUGUUAGUUUAGAGUCGGUGGAAACACAUGCAAUGAACGUCUUCUCAAUAACACAGUGGAAAAGAAUUGCAUCAAGAGAAGUAGAACAAGAUAAGGACAACGGUAUACAGGGUGGAAUGGGUGUCAUAUACGUUGAUGUUCCAUCUGAUUUCGAAGACUUGUAUUUGAAGAAAAUAUUUCUAUCACAGAACAUUGAGACGAAAAAUCUUGGGUAUAACUAA